AAAGACAUCAGAGCAAGUAAAGAAGUUCAAGAAGACAGCAGUCUUUAAAGCCUAUUUAUUUGUUUGUUAGAAGGCAAGGAAGGAAUACAUUAUUUGUAGAAUACAUUAUUUGUAGGUUAGUUCUUUGCAGCUUCUCAGGGCUCCGUCUUCUUUUCUAUUAAAUCACCUUAAAGACAUUCCCCAUAUUUAAAACCAAUCUGUGUUCUGUUGCCAUCUCCUCCGUGACCAACUCUGUUUUUUUCCAUCUGCUUUUUUGUUUCUCAAAAACUUUCUGGGUUUUUUCUCUUUGACCUGUCGAGCUCGUGAAGCUCUUGAGUUCAUCUAUCAAAUUAAAGAGGCUUUUCUUCGAAGGGAUUUUAAAACAGAAAAUGGGAGUUGGAGGAACUUUGGAGUACUUGUCUGAUUUGAUGGCCAGUAGCCAUAAACACAAGAAGAAGAAGCAAUUGCAGACUGUGGAGCUGAAGGUCAGGAUGGAUUGUGAUGGCUGUGAGCUUAAGGUCAAGAAAGCCCUCUCUUCGUUAAGUGGAGUCAAAUCAGUGGACAUAAGCAGGAAACAACAGAAAGUGACUGUAACUGGAUACGUUGAAGCAAGCAAGGUGCUGAAGAAGGCCAAGUCAACAGGGAAAAAGGCAGAGAUUUGGCCUUACGUUCCUUACAACCUAGUGGCUCGGCCUUACAUUGCUCAGGCUUAUGACAAGAAGGCACCUCCUGGAUUUGUCAGGAAUGUAGAGAACACUUCCAACACUGGCACUGUGACAAGAUAUGAAGAUCCCUACAUCAAUAUGUUCAGUGAUGACAACCCCAAUGCAUGCUCUAUAAUGUAGCUAAAGAAACAAUUACCAGACCUUCCGUCUGUAAGCUAAUCCAUGUUUUCAUUUCUUUUUCUUCUUCUAUGGAGGGUAAUCAUGAGCAGAAACUAUUCUGUAGUUUUGCAAUUUCAAAGAGUGGUUUUUGUGGGCCUUGAAGCGUGGAAUGAUUAUUUGGUAUUUGGUGGGAUGCUGCGUUGAGUUGUUAUGAGGUACCUAUUGUAUAGCUACACUCGGUUGUCGUAAUCCAUGAUGUUAUGGUUUCUCUUUUC